UGCUCAAGUCCCGAGGAGAAGUACUAGCGUUCAAGGAACCUAUCAUUUCUAUUGGAAGAAUCUUGCAAAAACCCACUACUCCAAUUUCAAGACAUCAAAUCCUCAUUGAUCAACCUUUGAAGAAAGAAAGAUCGAGCUUCUUGCUUGCCUGGAGAUCUAGAUUUCGCUUCGAUCCAGAUCUACUGAUAGCUAGAGACGGUUUAAGGUUCUAGGGUAUCAAGUCGAAGACGAUGAACACGUUCACACACGUUCCCCCUGGCUUUCGCUUCCACCCCACUGACGAAGAGCUGGUUGAUUAUUAUCUAAGGAAGAAGAUAAACUGUCGACGAAUUGACCUAGACGUCAUUAAAGAUGUGGAUCUUUACAAAAUUGAGCCUUGGGAUCUUCAAGAGCUCUGCAGAAUAGGAACAGAAGAGCAAAGCGAGUGGUAUUUUUUCAGUCAUAAAGAUAAGAAAUACCCAACUGGAACACGCACAAACAGAGCGACAGCGGCUGGAUUUUGGAAAGCAACAGGACGAGAUAAGGCCAUCUACUCUAAGCACGACUUAAUUGGCAUGAGGAAGACCUUAGUCUUUUAUAAAGGGCGGGCUCCAAAUGGUCAAAAGUCAGACUGGAUUAUGCAUGAGUACCGGCUUGAAACAGAAGAGAAUGGAACUCCUCAGGAAGAAGGCUGGGUUGUAUGCAGAGUAUUCAAGAAAAGGAUAGCCACCAUGAGAAAAGUUAGUGAGUAUGAAUCACCAAUUUGGUACGACGACCAAGUUUCGUUCAUGGCCGAAAUGGACUCGCCAAAGCAGCACUCUCAAUCAAAUUUGACUUACCAGUAUCCUUAUUCUUGCAAGAAGGAGACAAAUUUGCACUAUCAAAUUCCACCAGAUCACUUUCUGCAGCUCCCUCUUCUUGAGAGCCCAAAGUUGCUUCCAGCACCAGCCAGCAUGGCCUGCAAUUCUCUGCCUACAUACGGUAUCAACAUGACCCAUGCAAGCGCUUUGCAGUCUUCAGCACUAACACAUGAGCAUAUGAAUCAAUCUCAAGACCAGGGUCUGCACUCAGUUUACAGCAAUGACUUGAAUAAUGAACAGGCAAUGGAUCAAGUGACAGAUUGGAGAGUACUUGAUAAAUUCGUGGCUUCCCAACUGAGUCAGGAAGAAGUUUCCAAGGAAAAUGAUUGUUCCAAUGCUACAAACGCCUUUCCCACUUCUGAUAACUCCAAUUUGAUGCUCAGACAUUUGGAAAAGCAAGAAAUGGCACCAGAAAUGGCCUCAACAUCAUCCUCUAGUUGUCAGAUUGAGUUAUGGAAGUGAAACUUCUAAAUUAAAGCCAUAGUAAAUACCCCACAUAUUGGACACAGGAAGCACGUAUAGUGUUGGUUGAGCAGGGAGGUCAGUUUUCAGUUUUGUUGUAAAUAAUAAAACUAAUGUUGUAUAACCUUAACUACUCAGCCUGUGAAUACCACCUCCUAGGAGUCUAAAAAUUAUAUCUAAUUAGUCAAAAAAAACUGUCUUUAGCAAGAAAAGGGAAUUAUAGGUGAACUGUGGAGCAGGCCAUUGCUGCAUGAGUUGGAAUUUGCAGCAUCACCGUGAUGUUAUGUUCCAGGCUUCUAAGCUUGUCUAAUAACCACAGUCGCAGUUUAUGUAGUCGAGCUGUGGUUUAUUGUGUUUAAUUGAGUGCCUCUAGUGAACAGAACUAGCAUAAUAA